AUGAGCGCAGACAAAGUCCUCGGUGUUGCUCUAUGCUCGCACAUGUUCAAAGUGAAGGCGCUCGUCGAUGUGUCCCCUGGUGCGCUCUCGCACGCCUCAUCCAAGUUCGGCGUCCCCCAGGACCGGACCUACAACAGCGUAGACGACAUGCUCGCGAAAGCGGACGACAUCGACCUCGUCAUGUACCACGUCGAGCAGACCGUCAAGUCUCUUCGGGCAGGCAAGGAUGUCUUCGUCGAGAAGCCGAUGGCCCUGAGCAUUGAGGGCGCGGACGAGAUCGAGCGCGUGCAAAAGGAGACGGGCAAGAUUGUCUUUGUCGGCUUCAUGCGGCGGUACGCCGAGGCCUUCCUCCGGGUGAAAGACGUCGUGCAGACCACUCCAAAGGGCGCGAUCAACUAUGACACGCCCCCCGCCGCGGUCGAGGAUAGGAAGAAGCGCGCGGAGCAGAUGCUGCAGCAAGCCCUCGGUCAGCGUGCCCGCAACCCCGCAGACGUGGAGACGUAUCGCCUCCUGGCGUCUCUGUCAAGCCACGACCUGAGCGCCAUGCGCGAGCUGAUCGGCAUGCCGCAGAGCGUCAUUGGCGCGCAGCGCAGUCCGGACGGGCAGUGGAUCUGGGUCAUGUUCCAGUACGACGGCUUUGUGGCCUACUACGAGGUCGGGAUCGACAACACACCCAUCUUCGACGCCCACAUCGAGGUGUACACGAAGACCCAGCGCGCCAAGGUGUCCUACGACACACCAUUCGUCAAGGGCCUCCCGAUCAAGGCCACGCUGCAAUCCCGCCGAGAGAACGGCGACUUUGUCGAGGAGACCAUCCGCCCGACGUACGAGGACGCGUUCAUGCUCGAGUAUCGCUAUCUCUACGCUGCCGUGGCGGAGGGCAAGCCGGAGGACCUCGUCCUCUUCAAGAUGGUCAUGGACGCGCUGAAGCUGUAG